AUGGUUGUUUCAUCAUCCGAGUGUAUCAUCUGGGUUACCGUAUUCACCGACGAGUUUGUUGCUAUAGUAACGGUGAAUGUCCUUGCCAUCCUUCUUUUUAUAAAGAACAGAAGCCUUCGCACUCGCAGCGUGUACUUGGUUAUAAGCUUAACCGUGGCGGAUAUGUUGGUUGGAGUCCUAUUCGGGGGUUAUGUUCAAUUUGUUCUCCUACGGGAAUGUCGCUUUAUAAAAUUGAAUUUUUCUUGGGAGGUUGGAGUUUCAUUAUCGAGUUUUGAUUUUUUCUUUCCUCUUGUCUCCCUGACAAACAUUGCUGUUAUUUCUUUAGAGCGAUUUCACGCCACGUUUCGUCCAUUUAGGCAUCGGCUGAUCAAGAGAUUGGUCUACGUGGUGGCAAUUGUUGUUGUCUGGGUUUUUCCUCUAAUUGUUUCAGUCAUUUGGGGGGUAGAGGUGCUUCAAUUGAUUGGAUAUCACCUUUACAUAAUAGAAUCCUACUGUCUUUUGUGUUUAAUAGUUACAUUUGUUUCUUACACGUCCAUUCUGUUUAAGUUUCGUUUUGGAGCUCAUCCUCUGCGCCAUUGUGCAGCUGCUUUAAGACAAAGAAAACUAACUGUCACAUUGUUUAUAACAACUUUAGUAUCUUUACUGUUGUGGCUACCAUACAAUAUAUAUCUUUUAGUUGACUGGUCAAGUGAUAUUUUGAAAUCCCUUUCUUUGCAAGAAGAUUUUCAUUUGUUUUAUUCAUUGAUUUUUUUGUAUUAUGCAAACUCCCUUGUAAAUCCCAUUUUAUACACAAUCAGGAUGCCUGAAUUUAAAAAAGCUCUGCUCUCAUUGUUCAGACGUCAUCAAAGAGAAAAUGUUGUUAUCCCGUUAAAUCGUUACUAAUGGAGAUAUAUAUCGCAAAAUUUAAUUAGUCAAACUGUAAGUAGCUAGAAAUUAAACAAAUGGAAGACACUCUUAAUGCACUUGGGUAAAAACAUACAUAGAAACAAAUUUAAGGCUAAAUUAGGCUAUAUGUUAAGGAAGCUGUACGGAGCAAAUAAAGAUUAGACGUGAUGAAGAAAUGCUUAAAGUGUGUUUAAUUGGGAACUCUGUUUUGGUGGAAUGCGAAGAAGGAAGAUAAAUGAGGCUGUGUUAAUACUUUGCCGGAUAGCCAUUGCGGAAACAGGAAAACCAUACAGGAAAGGUACCCCUCAUCAACUGCCUCUUUCGAAUAUUCGCGUCAGUUUGUUUACAUUCGCGUUGGUCUCCACUUCACGCUGAUUGGCGGAAAUCUGACAGCUCAGUCGACGGGGAGCCACAGGGAAAUUGGAGGCGGAAUUCAAAUUCCAAAGACGUAGUUGUAAGCUCUACUUCCUUUUCCCGCCCCGCCGCCAGAGCGCCCCGGAGAGCUUACUCGCAGACUAAUGGAGGGACUGCCGUUAUUCACCAGGAAAGCAUUUAUAAAAACAGUGAAGGUUGGGGGAAGAGGGCCUUAGUGUGAAAUGGCCGCGUAGUAAGAUAUUACUGAGUUUUUACAUCACCAAUAGUGAAGUUUCAUACGAGUUGAGAUAUGUCCAUCAACGAUCUUGUGAACAAAAAUUGGUUAGCAAAGUCUUUUCGCAAUUUUCGCAAAAGAAAUUAUUCACCAGAAAACUUUGUGAGACAAUCACAUGCAAAUAUCACAAGAGUUGCAAGAAAAAACAAUUUAAAAAAAUUCUAGACUUAGAAAGAGAAAAAGCCAAAAACGGCCCCGAAAAUCCCGCAAAAUUAAAGGCGCAAAAGUAACAAGGAUUUUUCUUGCUACCUAAAAACACCGAGUAACAAAUACCUUAAAAAUAGCAAGAAUGACAAGUUUAACCAAAUUCUAGGCAGGCGAAGAAGGGCCUCGAGAGGGCCUCAAACUUAGCAAAAAUCGCAAAAGUAACAAGGAAUUUCUUUUCCACCCAAAAACACUGGUUAACAUACACCCUUACUAACCUUAACUAGUAAAAAGCACCUUUACACAUAAAAUAAUACGUACCAAAAAGUAAAACUUCGAUAUUUAUCUUUUUUAGGCAGUAUAUUAAACAGUUGCAAGUGCUUUGUGACCGACAAAGAAACUCAAACAAGUCAGGAUACAUUAGACCUUGUCUGGCUGCACUCGUUUAUAUCGCCGGCCAGUCUUCGUUUUGCUGUUUUUUUUUUAAACUUCCAGCGUCCUUUUGAAAGGAGGUAAAUAUAAUUCCAGUAGGAUAUGUUACGUAAAGUUACAUACGAUUUGGCAUCGCAUUGUUUAGGUAAAGAGAAAAUAUAAAUUCUUAAUAUUCUAGAGUGAACACGGAAGACACCCAAACCGGCUUGCUUUUAAUUUUGUUAGCUAAAUUUGAGCUUUUGUGAACAGUUUAAUAACACAAGCGACCAGUUUAAUUUCUUUAAAAAGGAUUAACGGCUUUAUCAAACUUUCUUUUAGAUUUCUCCCCAAGUUUUUGUCUUCUCGUUUCUGCAACCGUAGUUGAUAGCGGUCUCCUCCACUAACAACAAAAAACAGACGGCGUCUAAAUAGGUGACCAGUUCACUGAUAAGGUAGGCCAGUGCUUCAUUUCGAGGAAUUUCUUUGUAUUAAUACUACAAGCUCGAUGACUCAGUUCAAACAAAGUGCCAAUGAACCUGAGAGUUCCCCAAAAAACGUUUUUGUCCUUUGGGUGAUAGAUUGUUAGAUUUUUAAUUUAGUCUUAACUAUGUCUAGUAGAGAUCUUAUACAGGAACUACUUAUUAGCUAAUCCAGCUUUUCAAAUGGAAGGCACAAGCAAUAGAUUGGCUCUAUAAAGGGAGGGAGGAAGGGUAGAAGCAGGUGUAUAACACAAGGAAUAAAGCAAUAGGCUCAGCAAGCAAUAGGCUCAGCCACAAGUUGCUCGGCAACUUUACGGCAGCUUUUGAGAUUUGGGGCACCUUUUGCGAUUUUCGGCAACUUAAAAUUCUUGGCAAGUUUUGGUUUAAAUUAUUUUUUACUUUUUUUUUGCGACAGUCAUUAGCUAUCGAAAAAGUGUCAGCUAAAUUCAACUGGUUUAUUCAAAUAUCGCAAACUUCUUCCAAUUUAAGCGAUGAAUUAUGCGUGGUAUAAUAGCCAAUCAGAAACGGAUAGAUAGUUAAAUUAAUAAUUGUCUAAUAAUUAUGAUCUUUCUUUACACUGAUCAAAGCUCAUAUAUUGUUCUUACAGGUUCACGGUUACGAGUAACACCAACGACGAAAAUAACUCAACAUGGUUGUUUCAUCAUCCGAGUGUAUCAUCUGGGUUACCGUAUUCACCGACGAGUUUGUUGCUAUAGUAACGGUGAAUGUCCUUGCCAUCCUUCUUUUUAUAAAGAACAGAAGCCUUCGCACUCGCAGCGUGUACUUGGUUAUAAGCUUAACCGUGGCGGAUAUGUUGGUUGGAGUCCUAUUCGGGGGUUAUGUUCAAUUUGUUCUCCUACGGGAAUGUCGCUUUAUAAAAUUGAAUUUUUCUUGGGAGGUUGGAGUUUCAUUAUCGAGUUUUGAUUUUUUCUUUCCUCUUGUCUCCCUGACAAACAUUGCUGUUAUUUCUUUAGAGCGAUUUCACGCCACGUUUCGUCCAUUUAGGCAUCGGCUGAUCAAGAGAUUGGUCUACGUGGUGGCAAUUGUUGUUGUCUGGGUUUUUCCUCUAAUUGUUUCAGUCAUUUGGGGGGUAGAGGUGCUUCAAUUGAUUGGAUAUCACCUUUACAUAAUAGAAUCCUACUGUCUUUUGUGUUUAAUAGUUACAUUUGUUUCUUACACGUCCAUUCUGUUUAAGUUUCGUUUUGGAGCUCAUCCUCUGCGCCAUUGUGCAGCUGCUUUAAGACAAAGAAAACUAACUGUCACAUUGUUUAUAACAACUUUAGUAUCUUUACUGUUGUGGCUACCAUACAAUAUAUAUCUUUUAGUUGACUGGUCAAGUGAUAUUUUGAAAUCCCUUUCUUUGCAAGAAGAUUUUCAUUUGUUUUAUUCAUUGAUUUUUUUGUAUUAUGCAAACUCCCUUGUAAAUCCCAUUUUAUACACAAUCAGGAUGCCUGAAUUUAAAAAAGCUCUGCUCUCAUUGUUCAGACGUCAUCAAAGAGAAAAUGUUGUUAUCCCGUUAAAUCGUUACUAAUGGAGAUAUAUAUCGCAAAAUUUAAUUAGUCAAACUGUAAGUAGCUAGAAAUUAAACAAAUGGAAGACACUCUUAAUGCACUUGGGUAAAAACAUACAUAGAAACAAAUUUAAGGCUAAAUUAGGCUAUAUGUUAAGGAAGCUGUACGGAGCAAAUAAAGAUUAGACGUGAUGAAGAAAUGCUUAAAGUGUGUUUAAUUGGGAACUCUGUUUUGGUGGAAUGCGAAGAAGGAAGAUAAAUGAGGCUGUGUUAAUACUUUGCCGGAUAGCCAUUGCGGAAACAGGAAAACCAUACAGGAAAGGUACCCCUCAUCAACUGCCUCUUUCGAAUAUUCGCGUCAGUUUGUUUACAUUCGCGUUGGUCUCCACUUCACGCUGAUUGGCGGAAAUCUGACAGCUCAGUCGACGGGGAGCCACAGGGAAAUUGGAGGCGGAAUUCAAAUUCCAAAGACGUAGUUGUAAGCUCUACUUCCUUUUCCCGCCCCGCCGCCAGAGCGCCCCGGAGAGCUUACUCGCAGACUAAUGGAGGGACUGCCGUUAUUCACCAGGAAAGCAUUUAUAAAAACAGUGAAGGUUGGGGGAAGAGGGCCUUAGUGUGAAAUGGCCGCGUAGUAAGAUAUUACUGAGUUUUUACAUCACCAAUUACCCCCUGUUUUUUUUCGUAGUUAUGCACCUUUUCGCUUCCUUUCGCAACAAAUAAUUACAGUAAAAAUUAUAACUUAAAAUGCAUAUUAAUAAAGCAUCAGUUAAUUUGAAAGUGCAAUAAGUAAUUAUUUUUAGCCGGUAUAUUAAAAAGCAAGCCGCAAAUGUUGCUCAAUUAAGACAAACAAGUAAGACUACAUUGGCCCGUGUCUGGUUCCACUCGUUCAUAACACCGGCACAGUUUCCAUUUCGUUGUUAAAUUUGAGCAUAACUGGCAUCGUGUCACUAACCACCAUUGCUAACCUUUACUAGUAACAUGCACCUUUACACCUAAACAAAAUAAUAAUAAUGAUAACAAUAAUAACAAUAAGAAUAAUAAUAACUAUAACUAAAAAUGCAUAUUAAUGAAGUACUGUCUAAUUUUUAUUUACCAAUAAGUACAGCUGUAUGCCAAUCAUUUUAGGUGGCAAGUGCUUUGUGAUCGACAAAGAAACACAAACAAGUCAGAAUAUAUUAGCCCCCGCCUGGCUCCACUCGUUCAUAACGCUGACCAGUCUUCAUUUUGCGGUUUUUAAAAACUGCUAGCGUCGUUUUUAAAGAAGGUAAAAACAGUUUAAUUCAAGUAGAAUAAGUGAAGUUUCAUAAGAGUUGAGAUAUGUCCAGGAACGAUCUUGGGAACAAAAAUUGGCCAGCAAAUUCUUUUCGCCAUUCAGUCGCAAAAGAAAUGAUUCACCAGAAAAUUUUUCAGACAAUCACUUGCAAAUAUCACAAGAGUUGCAAGAAUAAACAAUUUAAAAAAAUUCUCGACGUAGAAAGAAAAAAGGCCAAAAAGGGCCCCGAAAAUCUCGUAAAAUUAAAGGCCCAAAAGAAAUGAAAAACACCGAGAAAAACCUAAAAACACCGAGUACAAAUUUAACAAAAUUCUAGACUUAGAGAAAAAACAGGCCAAGAAGGGCCUCGAGAAGGGCUCAAAUUUCGCAAAAAUCGCAAAAGUAACAAGGAAUUUCUUUUCUACCCAAAAACACCGGUUAAGAUAAACCCUUACUAACCUUAACUAGUAAAAAGCACCUUUACACAUAGUAAAGUACAAGUAAAGCUUCGAUAUUUAUCUUUUUUAGGCAGUAUAUUAAACAGUGGCAAGUGCUUUGUGAUCGACAAAGAAACUCAAACAAGUCAGGAUACAUUAGACCUUGUCUGGCUCCACUCGUUUAUAUCACCGGUCAGUCUCCGUUUUGCUGUUUUUUUAAAACUGCCAGCGUCCUUUUGAAAGGACGUAAAUAUAAUUCCAGUAGAAUAUGUUAUGUCAAGUUACAUACGAUUUGGCAUCGCAUUGUUUAGGUAAAGAGAGAAUAUAAAUUCUUAAUAUUCUAAAGAGAACACGGAAGACACACAAACCGGCUUGCUUUUAAUUUUGUCAGCUGAAUUUGAGCUUUUGUGAACAGUUUAAUGACACAAGCGACAAGUUUAUUAUUUUUUUUAAAGGACUAACGGCUUUAUCAAACUUUAUUUUAGAUUUCUCCCCAAGUUUUUGUCUUCUCGUUUCUGCAACCGUAGUUGAUAGCGGUCUCCUCCACUAACAACAAAAAACAGACGGGGGCUAAACAGGUGACCAGUUCACUGAUAAGGUAGGCCAGUACUUCAUUUCUGAGGAAUUUCUUUGUAUUAAUACUACAAGCUCAUGACUCAGUUCAAACAAAGUGUCAUUGAACCUGAGAGUCCCCCAAAAAAGUUUUUGUCCUUUGAGGAGGAUGGAUUGUUAGAUUUUUAUUUUAGUCUUAAUUAUGUCUAGUAGAGAUCUUAUACAGGAAAUACGUAUUAGCUAAUCCAGCUUUUCAAAUGGAAGGCACAAGCAGUAAAUUGGUUCUGUAAAGGGAGGGAGAAAGAGUAAAAGCAGGCGUAUAACACAAGGGUUAUAUUUCCUUUAAAAUACGUCUGCCAUGAAGUCUAAACUUGUCAGAAAAUUUUGCUUAUUGCAAUCAUAACAAAACUUAAAGGCUACUUUUGUGCGUGACCUUGAGGUUUAGCUUGUUCUUCUAUAAACAAAUAAUAAAGAAAAAUGGCAAUCCAAAUGAAUUCCGUAAAACAGCCUGGUGUUAUUCUUAAUAAAACCCGGCGUCUUUUUACUAAUACUCCUUUAUCUCUGAUCAUGAAAACAAUAAAUGUAUCUGUUCAUCAAACAUGUUCUUUAGUUAUCGUUUACUUAUAGUUGGUGCAGAUACUUUUUGAAUUAUUUAAAAACUAAAAAGAAGGACCAGAAAACGCAAGGCUGUGCGCGAGUUUCAUGAUACAUUUUCUUAUAUUUUCUCCUUGUCAAUUUUAAGGACAAUUAGAAGCCAUAAAUUAACGUUGACAUGCGUUUGUAUUUUUAACAAAAAAUCUAUGAUGGGAUAUCUUUGAAAGGGGUUGUUGAUCAUGAAAGAGUCCAAGCAAUAGAUCGUUUUCACUGUCACGCAACAAAAAUUAAAUUGGAAACCGUGCAGUGGAAGAAACCAAGAAAAUGAAAUGUUAUAGAAGACUAAUAUAUAAACAAUUUGUCCAAGUCUCAGGUCUUUGUGGCCCAUAGUUUCUGAGUUAUUUGGCGAAACGUUUCACGCACCUUUGUAGAGCUUUGUAUGGAGACGCCAUAUUGGUGCACCGUUUUGGUGCACCAAUAUGGCCGCCGGAAAUCAACAAAAACAUCUAGAGUUUACUUUUUCUAUAAAAGCUCUUCCUUUUCACUCGAGAACUAGCGUAUGUACGCAUAAACAUAUCUUCUAAUACUUGAAGUGGUUAUAUUGCUGAAAAUCAAGAGGAGAGACUUUUUUUCAACGAGACAGCAUUCCUAUUUUGGUGUCACGCACUGUGAAAACUCGGAAGUUCAAAUUGCUGUAUUUUCGAAACGAAACAUGCUACGGAAAUGGAAACUUGUACAAAGAUUCACUUUUUGUUUAUCUUCAACCUAGUGUAAAUAAGAAUUCGUAAAACCCCGCUAUUUUGACUUUACAAUUUGAUGACGUCACAGUGAAAACCAUCUAUAGGCUUAGCCACAAGUUGCUCGGCAACUUUUCGGCAGCUUUUGAGAUUUUGGGCACUUUUUGCGAUUUUCGGCAACUUUUAAAAUUAUUGGCAAGUUUUGGUUUAAAUUAUUUUUUACUUUUUUUGCGACAUUUAUUAGCUAUCGAAAAAAAAGGUCAGCUAAAUUCAACUGGUUUAUACUACUGAGUGAGUGUGUGGACUCCAGGACUGGCCCAAUUACCAAUGCCAGCUUGGUGUUGCGCGCCUGUCCAUGAGGUAAGCGGAAUCACAUGAUCCAUUUUUCAAAAUGGCGGACAACAAUGUCUAGCUGGGAAGAACGUGCAGAUGAAGGGGCGAUCAAUUCAACUAUUGAAUUUGAGUUCUAUUAAUCAAUGAAGUUUUGUUAAGAAAGAAAAAAAAGAAAAAGAAAAUACGAAUAAAACCAACUUCAAGCGCAAAAAAAUAAUAACAAUAAUAACAAUAAUUAUAAUAAUAAUAAUAAUAAUAAUAACUUAUGUCGGCAGCUUUUUGGUUAUUCAUCGGCAAAGUUGUGGCUAAGCCUACCAAGCAACGAAUCUUGAACCCGGCACUGCAUCUUCCGAAAAAUGAAUUGAGUCCUUCAUUACAGUAGGUGCCAGCAGCGUACGCUUUCAUUUUCGAAUGUCUGCUUUUGUUUAAAAACAAACAAACAAACAAACAAAACAAACAACAUACAAACAACAACAAAAAAGAACAUGUAUCAACAGGAAGUUAUUCUUUCAUUAAACAUUCGGUGAAUAUGUGUUUGACUUUUCGUGUAAAACGGCCUCAAACUUAAGUUCCCAAUAUGUGCCAAAAAAUCGGUUUUUGAAGUGCUACAGUUUAUUUUUGAAACUGAGUUUUGAGAAACUUUGGCGCUUAAUCAAAUUGAGGCAUGAUUGGCUUGAUUGACGUUAUAUUUCGUCUUUUUCUUCCUCGGGAAACAAGUGAGAUGUUCCGCCAUUUUGUACUCAUUACCAAAACAACUCAACCUCGUCCUUUGUCUUUUUCCAGUUUUCACUGUUUAAUAAUCUGACAAUUUUGCUGCACAAUUGACGUCAUUUUUUCACGUAUCACAGACUUCUUCCAAGUUCAGCGAGGAAUUGUGCGUGAUAUUAUAGCCAAUCAGAAACAGAUAAAUAUUUUGAAUUAAUAAGAGUCUAAUAAUUAUGAUCUUUCUUUACACUGAUCAAAGUUUAUAUAUUGUUCUUACAGGUUAACUGUUACGGGUAACAGAAAAUCAAGAAACAAUAACACAAACGACGAAAAUAACUUAAGAUGGUUUUUUCAUCAUCCGAGUGUAUCAUCUGGUUUACCGUAUUCGCCGCCGAGUUUGUUGUUAUAGUAACGGUGAAUCUCCUUACCAUCAUUCUUUUUAUAAAGAACAGAAGCCUUCGCACUCGCAGCAUGUACUUGGUUAUAAGCUUAACCGUGGCGGACAUGUUGGUUGGAGUCCUAUCCGCUGGUUGCAUUCAAUUUGUUUUCCUACUGCAAUGUGGCCUUAUAAAAUUGAAAUUACCUGUGGAAGUUUUAAUUUCAUUAUCGAUUUCUUAUUAUGUUUUUCCUUUUGUCUCUCUAACAAACAUUACUGUGAUUUCUUUAGAGCGAUCUGACGCCAUUUUUCGUCCAUUUAGGCAUCGGCUCAUCAAGAGAUGGGUCUACGUAGUAGCAAUUACUGUUGUCUGGGUUUUUCCUGUAAUUGUUUGA